CCCCAUCCCAGCCAAUGGGCGGCGCGGGGCGGUGCGGGCAUCGGGCGGCCAUGGCGGCGGUGCCGGUGCUGGUGCUGCUGGCGCUGUUGGCCUGGGGCGGCCCCGCCGAGGGGCAGAAGCGCAAGGAGAUGGUGUUAUCAGAAAAAGUGAACCAGCUAAUGGAGUGGGCCAGUAAAAGAUCUGUUAUUCGAAUGAAUGGAGACAAAUUUCGACGCCUUGUGAAAGCACCACCCAGAAAUUACUCGGUGAUUGUGAUGUUCACUGCUCUUCAGCCUCACAGACAGUGUGUUGUGUGCAAGCAAGCUGAUGAGGAAUACCAGAUUUUGGCAAACUCCUGGCGAUAUUCUAGUGCCUUUACCAAUAAGAUUUUUUUCGCUAUGGUAGAUUUUGAUGAAGGCUCGGAUGUAUUUCAGAUGCUGAACAUGAAUUCUGCUCCAACCUUCAUUAACUUUCCUGCUAAAGGGAAGCCUAAACGGGGUGACACAUAUGAACUUCAGGUGCGCGGGUUUGCAGCUGAACAGCUUGCUCGUUGGGUGGCUGAUAGAACGGAUGUCAAUAUUCGUGUGAUAAGGCCACCAAGCUACGCUGGACCACUGAUGUUGGGACUGCUGCUGGCUGUCGUUGCAGGCCUUGUAUAUUUGCGUGGAAGCAACCUGGAUUUUCUAUAUAACAAAACUGGCUGGGCAUUUGCUGCUUUGUGUUUUGUGUUAGCAAUGACAUCAGGCCAGAUGUGGAACCACAUUAGGGGUCCACCCUAUGCUCUGAAGAAUCCCCAUACAGGACAAGUGAACUAUAUCCAUGGAAGCAGCCAAGCCCAGUUUGUGGCAGAAACGCACAUUGUUCUUCUGUUUAAUGGUGGUGUUACUUUAGGAAUGGUACUCCUCCACGAAGCUGCUACUUCUGACAUGGAUGUGGGGAAAAGAAAAAUCAUGUGUAUCGCUGGUAUUGGCUUGGUGGUGCUGUUCUUCAGCUGGCUGCUCUCUGUCUUCAGAUCGAAAUACCAUGGCUACCCAUACAGUUUCCUGAUGAGUUAAAGGAUUCCAGAACCUGUAACAUCAGAAAGGUGGCAACUCUGAAAUUGCCUGUAAUGGAAUGGAAGAGCUAAAUACGUAUGGUUCACGCUACCUCUGUUUACACUGAAUGAGAUAGUUAAACACUGAACCAAAGACGAUGUGUAGUGCCUUAAAUAUAACAAGAAGUCUGCUCUGAAGGACACAGAGUAUUAAAAUGCAAUCUCUUUCUGAUAAGCUUUACAUCUUCUUAAACAACUUCUAGUGAAAUUCAGAACUUAAUGCUUAGAAAUACAUUUCUAUAGACUAGCUAGAAACAGUACUUUAAAUUCAGUUGGGUAGUCUGUUUUCUGUAUGUUUCUUUUUCCCUCAGAUAUUUAUCACUGUUUCCUGUUCGUGCAUAGCAGGUGACAAUGGCUUCUCUGUUAAGCCUUGAAAACAUCUUCAUGUUCCUGGAAAUCUUUUCCUUCAGUCUGUGUGACACCCUUGGACCAUACUGCAGAUUGCAGUGUGGAAUGUGCCUGUCCUAGAGCUGUAUCUCAUUUUUGAGACAAGUAUUUAACUGCUGUAUGAUGCAAGAGGUGAUUUCACAGAUGAAGGGAGAAUUUUCAACAGGUAGAACUGAGUUAUUAAUUCAUUAAAAACUUUCUUUGCCAAAUGCUGAAUCUGCAACAUUUCAGUUGUCAACGUUAGCUCAGAGCUGGAAAAAUAUACUGACCAAUGCUCACGUUCUCAAAAAUACAAACAAAAACUAAAAAGGUAACUAGCGAUCUGUAGUAUGAAUUAAGGUUGCUGACUGGCUUUCAAGUUACCACUCAGCACCCUGACAAACAAAGUUAUCAUACUUUUGGUCUGUAAGUUCUUGCAUUCGCAAUUUAUUUUCUCCAAGUUUUUACCGUUGGGGAGGACCUGGAGUGGGCAGAGAUGUCUAAUCCCAGGAUAAAUAUUGUUACCCCAGGAAAGAUUUGUUACCCUUACGAUUGAAUGCAUAUGCUUUUUCAUCUUUCCUUCCAUUCUCCCAUCUCACAAAGAUGCUUCGCCUUAAGGAUUCUUGAGUGGAGGAUGUGGUGCCCCAGCCCAAAUUAUUAUGUAGUUCGACACCAGUACUACAGGAAUCUUUGUGUCCUCAUUCAGUAAUGCUUCCUUCUGUAGCCUGAGGUGGCUUUGGAGGUCACUAGUCGGAGAAAAAUGCAAUUAAGCUUUUGUCUCUUACUUCUGCCUCUCCCCUCUGUCAAGGAGUUAGUGAAUUCGGGCGCUUUAGGUGGAAGUUUGGGGAUGACUAUAUAAUUCAAAGUAGAAUGUUAUGCAAUAAGAGUUUUGCUACAUUAACACACAUCCCAAGUGCCUUAACGUCACUAAUUUAGUUGUUCGAUGUUUCAGCUUGUUGAGAUGCAUUUUUCUAUGCCAUACAGAAUGACAAGCCUUAGGAGCGGAUAAAUUUUGUGCCUGACUGGAUUUUGGACAAGUUUCAAUAAAUUUUUUUU